UUAAGCGACCCUCGUGAAAUAAACGAGCUGCUACAGGAGCAUAACGCGAAGGAAGCAGAACUGAAAAUUAGCGCAUCGAAAACGAAGGUGAUGCAAAGGGCCAGCACGGAUGUGAAACGUAAAACGUGGUCAAUCAUGAAGAUCGAAGAACGAGCGCCGGCAGCGACGGAGAGAGCAAUGGAGCGAAGAAUGCUUGGUGUACCUCUCGACGACCAUAUAAACAAUCAGACUCUCCGUCAGAUGAGCGGCGUACAGGAUAAUAAAUUAUGGCCAUUAGAAAACCGAAUCAUAAUCUUAAAAAAAGGGAGUGGGCGGCCGACAGAAAUCAAAAUGCGGAACGGUCGGAGUCAGAAAGUUAAAACGAAGGGUGGGGUAAAUUUGUUCGAUGAGGAGGAAAUUUUGCUCGCCUUGCUGACAACCGUUGGACAACGCGUAUUAGCGAAUGGUAAUUGCGAGAAAGUAAACGACCACUUGAGUGACCCCGAUGGGAUGGCGCACAUACAUCGAAUAAGCGGUGGGUGCUAA